AUGCAGAGGCUGGGACUUUUGAAUGCCAUCAAGGCUCGCGCCGUUGCGGAGGACGGCAUCGCCUUUGUUGACGCCCGCUCUGGCAAGCAGUGGGCUGUGUUUGGAAAGAACGACUCAGGCAAGGGCCGACAGGCCUUUACCAGCGAGUAUGAAAUCAUGCGAGGUGAUCUUGUGGACGUGAUAUACCAAGCUACUCUUCAGCAAGCAAGCAUUGCAAGGGCUCAAGGAGGUCUGACAUACAAAUUCGGCACGUAUGCGACAGAUAUACAACAGUUCGAAGACGGCGUGAGCGUGACAUUCUCUGACGGGAAGGUGGAGAGAUUUGACUUGGUAGUCGGAGCGGACGGCCAGUCUUCCAAGACUCGACGACUUGCCUUCGGCCAGGAUUUAAACAGCGAGGUCUUCGAGUUCUCCGGGGUGAGCUUUGCGUUUUUCAGCAUGCCCGGGGACCGGAACGACACUCCCACAGCACAAGCCUGCUUGGUACCGAAACGGCGAUUUAUGUCCAUACGUACAGGAGGGAGGACUUCUGCUCAAGGAUACCUCGGAAUUAUGGGAAAUGCUUCAUCCUGGCGAGGCUUGACCACUGGCACCAUCGAUAUGCAGAAGCAGCUCUGGGCAGAAACAUUCCAAAAUACAGGAUGGCAGUCGGAACGCCUGAUUAGAGGACUCUUGAACACUGAUGACUUUUAUGCUCAACGACUAGGACAAAUCAAGAUGAAAAGCUGGUCUCAGGGCAGAGUCACCUUGCUUGGAGACGCUGCAUACUGUCCAAGUCCGAUGAGUGGAAUGGGUACAGCAUGUGGUAUUGUUGGCGCCUACGUCCUAGCCGGUGAGAUCACCAGACACGAACAUGGGAACAAUCUCAAUGCCGCCCUACAAUCUUAUGAGAAGAUUUUGCGACCCUUUAUCAGCGAGGCCCAGAAGUUACCAUUGAGCGGGCCUGGAAUGAUUUACUUGGACAGUCCAUGGAGCGUGUGGACGGCUAAUCGACUGCUUGGAGCUCUAUCUUUGCUCAGGAUAGAUGAGAUUGUGAAUAGAAUGAUGCCGGAGGAUAGAGGCGGAUGGAAAGUACCCGACUAUCCAGAACUGAACCUUGGAUAG